AUGAGGGAGCCGCAGGAAGUUCUGCAGGGAGUGGACUGGGAGGUGGAGGGGUACCAGCUAGUGGACUGGGAGCUGGAGGGGUACCAGCUAGUGGACUGGGAGCUGGAGGGGUACCAGCUAGUGGACUGGGAGCUGGAGGGGUACCAGCUAGUGGACUGGGAGGUAGUGGUGAUCAGUUCAGGUGUGACAGCAGCUCCCUCUACAGACCAGAACCGCAGUCUGGACCCACUCACAGAUGCUGCUCGUGACUCUGACAUCAGCAACGGCCAAUCAGGACCAGACCACAGCUCUCUAAACUCAGGACUUGACCAAUCACUCUUGAGCUCUGUCUCAGGCUCCUCCCACUCUGCAGCUCAAGGAGAUGCAGCCGAUGCAUCGUCUCCAUCACAGAGUGAAGCUCACAGAGAACAGACAGGUGGAGCCGACUCACCGGACCCCCAUGGAAACGGCCGACAGACUGUGUUGAACAGCACGAACGCAGGUCUUCACACGGAGCUCACAGGCGCUACACUCGGCUAUGAUGUCACAGAGUCGCCCCUCGCCGUCCUCCACACAGACUCACUGGACUCAGCUUCACAUGGGUACUCUCACACAGAACUGGUUAGCAUGGCGACAGACUCCACAUGGACAGUCACAAAUCCAACAGGAACUGCAUUCGACUCCAGUCAUCCAGCUGUGACAAAUCACACUCAGAUGGCUGGUCCAACCACUGAACAGUACAACCCAUCUGGUCAGGGUCCUGAAGGUACAGAAAAUGUGGAAUUGGAGGAUACCUGCUGACUUCCACAUAAAGCCGCGUGUUCGAUUCCUGCGCUACCGCUUCCAGUGUACCAACCAAUCAGCAUGGCCAAGGAAAUCACCCCCUUCCCACGAGCUAUAGACCACGACCAGGCAGCAGCUCAAUGGUGUUUUUUUAAAUAUUUAAUAUGUGGAUCUGUUUAUAGAUGUAUGUUUAUUUGGUUUUAGAGAAAAUAAAAUAAAAAUCAAUUUCAGAUAAGUUUCGGUUUGACCUGAUGGGACACCGUCCGGAUUGUAAACCUCUACAAUAAAUUUAUUUUGUCUAUUUUGAACAUCAAACUGAGAAUGUGUCUUUUAUCCAGAGCAAUCAGUCUCUAUAUUAUUAAUAAU